GAUGGAGACGUAUUAAUGAAUUUGGUCGAUCAACAAAUAAAUGAUGACUUGAAAACUGUAAUAAUUGAGUUUUUCUGGGAAGAAUUAGUUUCAAAAGCGAAAAUAGAUCGUUCCAUUCUGGCUUACAUGAUUAAAGACAUUAGGGAAGAUGUUAUUAUUGAGCUUUUAGCGUAUGGGUUCGUUGUAUUAAAACGGUGUACAGAAUUAGUUUCUGACAUAGAAGAAGUCUUCAGGGCGUUAUUGAUUCCUCUUAGUGACGACAAGAAGCUAGAAUUCUGUGUAGAGCUUCUAGAACAGGUUGAAAAAAUUCAAGAUGAAUUUAAAGGUGAUUCAAAUCCCAAUUAUUCUGACCUGGAUACGGAUAGGGUGGAUGUAUAUGUAUCUAGUAUAAUGUCACGUGUCAAGUUGUUGGUACUUGGGACUCACGUAUUAACGGGUCGCGUAAAUGCGGUUGUCACGUCAAAUAAUCUAGAAAUAGCGCACAAGAAUAAAGAGUACAUGUUGAUAUUUAAAUGGGUUAUAAUAUUAGUUAGCCUACUUUGUGAACAACGUAUUCAUCGUGAUGGUGGUGGGGUUGCACAUUUUGAAUUGUUAUUGGACUUGGUCUCCUUCUUGUUGGACGAGAUGGGAAAGAAUGCCCGCGCCAUUUUCGUCGCAGAAUUAAAGAAUUAUAAAUUUGAAAUACCUUCAAUCUGGAGCAAUCGAAUAAAACGAGUUCUUCCUUUUACUUUCAACCCCGAAACUGUUGGUGAAGGGAAGAAGCAUGUUAUUGAUCCUUGGCUGAAGAUAGAAUGUUUGGGCGAAA